AUGGGUGACGCAGACAUCAAGGCCAGCCAGUGGAGACUCGUCGAGGUCGGCCGUGUCGUCCUCUUCAGCACCGGCAUCCACGCUCAGAAGCUCGCCGCUGUUGUCGAGAUCAUCGACCACAAGCGCGUCCUCGUCGAGGGUCCUUCCUCCGACCCCAAGGCUGCCGUCUUCCGCCACUCCGCCUCCCUCUCGGACCUCUCUUUGACUCCCAUCGUCAUUGAGAAGCUUCCCCGCGCCGCCGGUCACACUGCCCUCAAGGCUCUCUGGGAGAAGGUUGGUGUCGACAGCAAGUGGAACAACAGCGCCUGGGCCAAGAACCGCGAGCGCUCCGUCAAGCGCAAGCAGCUCACCGACUUCGAGCGCUUCAAGGUUAUGCGCCUGAGAAAGCAGGCCCGUUUCGAGGUCCGCAAGCAGUUCGCCGCUGCCCGUGCCCAGUCCGCCAAGGCGUAG